CUUCAUUAAUCACGUUAAGCUGUUGGUUUGAGGUGAUUUUAAGUGUUUUCUGGUUAGAAAACUGUGGUUUUAGGAAAGUUUCCCAUCAUCUGUGUGUGUUUAAUGUAUUUAUAGACGGAACAGAUCCUCCUAUCAGCAGCUCAGACUCUGGUUCAGUCCGACCCCACAGCAGCAGCGUUUAUCUGCUGUUUCACUGUUUUUACUCUUCUUACUGUUCUAUUAGUUCUUCCUCCGCUGUUUUGCUGACAGCGGGUCUUCGGCUGCAGCUCACGCCGAGCAGGGAGCUCCGUCCGCCGCAGACUGAGCUGCCGGAGGCGGUGCCGCAGCUUCCCCGGUCGGAUGUGUGAGUCUGUCGGUGAGCAGCGGAGCGAGGAGCCUUUCGGACCGCGGAGCUCGCUGAUGUAAAGCAGCAGAGUUUGGAUGCAACCUUCUCCAUCAUCUACAUCUCAACCCAGAAGCCAUUAAACAGGUACAGAUGGGUCAGGGGGAGGUUUCAGCCAUGGAGGGCGACUGUCUGAGCUGCAUGAAGUAUCUGAUGUUCAUCUUCAACUUCUUCAUCUUUCUGGGCGGCUCCUUCCUGCUAGGUGUGGGUGUUUGGGUUCUGGUGGACCCGAUGGGCUUCAGGGAGAUCGUGGCGGUGAACCCUCUGCUGUUCACGGGGGUCUACGUGAUCCUGGCCAUGGGGGCGCUGCUGUUCCUGCUGGGCUUCCUGGGCUGCUGUGGAGCCAUCAGGGAGAACAAAUGUCUGCUGCUGUUCUUCUUCAUGCUGAUCCUCUUCAUCUUCCUGGCUGAGCUGGCUGCUGCCAUCCUGGCGUUCCUCUUCAGAGAACAUCUGACCCGACAGUAUUUCACCAGGGAUCUGAAGCGUCACUAUCAGGGCCGGAACAACACCGACGUCUUCAGCUCCACCUGGAACGCCAUCAUGACCACGUUCGACUGCUGUGGCGUCAGCGGUCCCGAGGACUUCGAGGAGAGUCUGUUCCGGCUGCUCAGUCCCUCCAAGAUGGUUCCUGAGGCCUGUUGCCAGAGAAACGGUUUCCUUGGAGACGGCGGCGUGGAGCAGUGCGUCAGUGGCAGUGUCAUCUUCCGACACAACAAGGGCUGUUACUCAGCGAUGGUGGAUUAUUUUGAGACCUACAUCUACACGGCUGGAGCUCUGGCCAUCGUAGUUCUCACCAUCGAACUCUUUGCCAUGGUGUUUGCGAUGUGUUUAUUCAGAGGCAUCCAGUGAGACGGCCUUCAUCAUCGUCAUCAUCAUCACCUUCAUCAGCAGGAAGAAACAAACUAAAACAUGAAGCGUAUCCGUCCAGUGGUAGUUUGUGUCGUUGGUUCUGUGAUCACCGUCAUUCUUCAGGUUUCUGAGGUUCUGCUGUGAAGUCGAGGUUCUGUUCAGUCCGUCGACCCAGAAGCUGCUUCAGAACCGACCUGAGUCCAUCAAACUGGAAACACAAAGACGUGAAACCUGGACUUGAUCCGAGUCCGUCUGAGCUUCAUGAGGAGUCGGUGGUCGUGGUGUCGUCUCCGUCCAGUCAGCUGGGACUGAAGGAAGAGUUUAUUCUGUGUAAAAUGUUCUGAAGACAACGGACGGUUCAGUGUUUCUGUGUAAAUAUUCCUCAGAAGACCUUCAGGUCACACUUUGUCUUCUUCUCUUUGUGGAUUUAAUCAGCAGAUAUAAAACUUUUUUCCUCUAAAUGUGUUUGUAUAAACGACCGAUGGUCAUUAAACUGGUGUCUGUGGUUUUA